GGACAUUACAUAAUCAACAUACAUCACGUGAGCGAUAGUUUCUAUCUUGGCUUCCUGCUUCGAUAAUGGUAAAUAGUUCCCUGUAUUAUUGAAUAUCCAAGCGAAAGGGGAUUCUGAUGUAUCACUCGUAUUAAUCGCAACAUGGGCGACCAAAAGAACAAAGAUGGCGACUUCUACUCCAACGCCCUCUUGUCUGCAGCCAAAGUGGGAGCCCUGAGCGGAAGACAACCACAUGUACCGGAACUUGAAUCGCUGACAUACAAGAUAGGAGGCGCUGGUCUGCUCUAUGGCGGAGCUGCAGGAGUUAUCAGAUCGCCCAACCCCGUGGUUCAUUCGCUAUCAUGCGGCAUCCAUUGCCUCCCCAAGGAGCGCACAUACGUGAGCGCUCUAUGCGGUGGCGUCGCAGGCGGAAGUGUAACGAAGCUUAUGGGAGGCCGGCUGGUUCCGGGCGCCAUCAUUUUCUCGCUACUUGGGUACUGUGGCCAGAGUGUCUUCAACCGAGUCGACGCCUGGCAGAUGGCAAAUGCAAACAAUUCAUCCAAGCCCCUUGUACAGCGAAUGGCUGAGUCCAAGUGGAUUCCUCUGCGGACGCUCUCUGACGAAGAGUACCGGGGUAUGUUGGGGGAGAAACUGCUGAGUGUGGAGGCGGAGAUUGCCUUACUUGAUGACAAGAUCGCGGAGCUAGAGAAGUCUCGUCCUGUCCUUGCUUCCCCCGCGAAGUAACCCUCCUAUCAUCCGAGCUCAGUGGCUCCUGCGUUACACUGUCCACGGACUAUUCGGGCAAUGAGUGAACUGCAGUGCACGGACAAUCUUCCAAGGUUGGGACCCUAAAGCAUUGUACGUGUCAGCUCGUAACUGUUCGAGUGAAAGACAAGAUAUGAGAGGGAAAAUGUAUAUUUUUGUAAGAUAUCAAAAGAGUGCCAAGCUUAAUAGAGAGAAAUGACAAAAUGAUCUCCCCUGAGUGAAAUCUUGGGUCGCGUGUCGAUCGUGAACCACUAAAAAGGAGAACUCCAUUGUUCUGCAUGAAAUCAGCCUCCAACCAUACCAU